AUGUGCGCCAAGCUGGCCAGGGAAGCACAUCAGCCGCACAGUACUCCGAGGUACCCCCGCCCCGGUGAGUCGCUCGAGAAUGGAAAGUGCCCCUCUUGCGACAAAAACGUGAGCCGCAAGACUGUUCAUGACGUCCACGGCUGUUUGCGCACCGCUCUGGCCACGAAGCACUGGGUCCUGUACGAGGAGCUCGUCGGAACGGAUAUCGUGUGUCCUGGUUCCGACUGCAAGGGCGUGCACGCGACGGCGGCUAAGUUUGCCGAUCAUGUCGGCGUGCACCAUGCAGACGUGUGGGACCGUGCGGGAAAUCUCUGUACGCUCCCCACGAACGGCCAGCAAUGCGGGGCGACUUUUUCCUCACGAGCAGAAGCCGUCACCAACCUCGAGGCGGUCCACGGCUUCUGUGGUGAAGAAGGAGAGUGGAUCUUCGGUCGUAGGCGCUACGAGGAGCACUGCCAGGCCCAUGUUCUCGCCGGUGACCCGCUUCCGUUCGGCGGAGCUGUCAUCCCGCCAGGAAAGGAUCCUUCGUUUCUCAUUCUGUGUCCUGGCUGUGUGAGCGACGACGCUCUCCCGAUGGUUGAGCGCUAUAAAUGGUGGCAGCGUAAGCGUCACGGUCCUCACGUGGCCGACGAGCAUAUCCGCAGCCUCGACGCUGGAUCGACGACGACCUGCCCCGUCCCCGGGUGCGACGCCGACCGCCUUUACACCCCCAGCAAACUGGCACAGCACUGCAUUGACGAUCAUGGUCUGCACCUCGGUGUCAAUCAACACCGUUCCAAGGGUCGAUUCAUCGUCAAGGCGGACCUGAGCAACCUCGUUUCGAGGAAGGGCGAGAAGGGCACAGCGAGCGCGUCCGCCUCGUCCUCCGCCAACUCCGCCUUUCCCCCCGUGACGCCGUCAAGCGCUGCCUCGGCGUUGAGCUCGACCUCCACCACUACCCCCGUGACGCCGUCAAGCGCUGCCUCGGCGUCGAGCUCGACCUCGGCCGCAGCUACCGGUGCACAGCCCAAAGGAGCGUCCGCCAACACCAGUGAGACGCUCGAGGAGCUCAUGAAGCCCGUGUCCGUGUCGUCCAAGAUCACCGGGCUGCGCGUUACCGACUUUUCCUAUAAGAAUCUUUGGACUCUUGCCAAUCAAUACUGGCGCGAGUAUAGGCUGGACUUUACCGACAGAAGCGGUGUAGCCCAUCUCGCCGACCAGCUUGGCAUCAAGGUAAGAAGAGAAGAGACGUCUCCUAAACUGACCUCAGCUGCCCAAGAAGGAGAAGAUGGUCCACCAGGCUUUGAAGACUAUGGCCGAAGAACGCGGAGUGGACAGUCGCCAGAAGUCAAUCGCGACUUUGGUCCGAGAACUGGGCCUGACCCGUGA